AUGCGGAAGAUGAUCUUCUCGUCACCGCGAAUCGCCAGUACAAGUGAUUCUCUCGACUCGGCGAUCAAGAUGGAUCGCGAUCAGUUACUGGGGCUGAUCGUCCUUCAGACCGAUCGACAGGGCUACAUAUCGCGUAUACUCGUCAACGCUAAGAAGAACGGCGAGGACAAAUCGUUAAUUGGCUUGGAGAACCGACUCCAUAUUCUGGAUUCAUACUGGUCUCAGUACGAGCGAGACCAUGCUAUCAUCCGGACGUCUCGGGACGAGGUGAUACGCUCCUCCGACUACAUUAAGCGAGGCAACUACGAGGACACCUCUGAAAUAUAUAUGCUCCGCAAAAUGGAGCUUCGUACCCUGAUGGAGGCAUUCCAGGGUUCCAUGGCGGACGGUGCGGCUGAGGAGACAGCGCGCCCCCCGCAGGCGACCGUUCCCGAACUGCCGCUCCCGCGGAUCCCGAUCCCCACGUUCAACGGGGACUUCGAUCGAUGGCGAUCAUUCCGGGACAUGUUUAAGUCCCUCGUUGGAAAUAACGCAGCGUUGCAGGACGACGUACACAAACUGCACUACCUGAAGCAGCACGUUACUGGAGAGCCUGAGCAACUCUUGCGCAAUUAUCCGGUUACCAACGACGGAUUUCGCGACGCAUGGAGCGCAUUGUGCGAGCGGUACGAUAAUACGCGCCGCCUUGUCAACGCGUACUUGAACUCAUUUUUCGACUUGCGACCUAUGAAGCAGGAGUCGGCCUCGGAGCUUCGGCGCCUACUUGACCGCACCUCGGAAAUACGGUCGUCACUCCGCCAAUUGAAUCGGCCGGUGGAAACUUGGGACGACGUGUUCGUCAAUCGAACCAUCUGUCGUUUGGAGGCGGCCUCGCGUCGCGACUGGGAGAAGGCGACAAAUAGAGAGCGCGAGCCGGUCUCUUGGGAGGCCUUGGUGGAGUUUCUUGCGUCUCGUCUCCGAGAGCUGGAGGCGAUCGACGGAGGUCCUCGCUCCUCCACUGACCGAGGCCGAGGUGCCCUCCUUCCGGGAUCCACGAACGAACGUGGACACAGCGUCCGCACGCACCACGUGGCGGAGGCCAAGCGUAGGCCGUGUGCGCACUGCAGGGGGAGCCACCCGCUUUGGGACUGUGCGGCAUUUAAGCGACUGGCAACAAAGGUAGGUCGAGAACGAGUGAUAGGUUGGGGUCUCUGUUACAAUUGUUUGUCACCUCAACACCAGGGAGCCAGUGUCCCUUGGGCCGUCGUUGUCGGGAGUGCGGUCAGCCGCAUCAUACCCUUAUCCACCGCGCGGAAGAAACCACGGGCUCAUCCCCUCCAGGUGACACCAUCUCCGCCACCGUCUCGGCCACCUCCGUGA